AUGGAGAUUGAGGAGCUUCAUCCAACGCAACCUCCCUGCAAGUUCUCCAGAAUCGGGAACGGUCGAAACGACAGCAGCAAGAUAGGCACCAUUAAAGGAAGCGGGGGCGGAGAGGAUCACCACCACCGCCAAUUCCAACCAGAUACAGAUGAUGGUGAGGUCAAGAUGGCCGUGUGUAACCCUGCCAUUGGCGGAGCAGCUGCCGUCACUGUCGCCGGCGACGGUGCCACCAAUCGACUCCGGGGCUGGCACCACUCCAGGAUCAUUAGGGUUUCCAGGGCAUCCGGCGGGAAAGACAGGCACAGCAAAGUUUGGACCUCCAAGGGUUUGAGAGACCGGCGGGUCCGGUUGUCAGUCACCACCGCCAUUCAAUUCUACGAUCUGCAAGACCGAUUGGGUUAUGACCAGCCCAGUAAGGCUGUUGAAUGGCUGAUUAAAGCCGCCGCUGAUGCAAUCGCGGAGCUCCCUUCCCUCAAUGCUUGUUUUCCCGACAUUCCCAAACAGCUGCUGAGUGACGAGAAAAGAAUCACAACCACCGCCGUCACUGCUGAACAAGGCUUUGAUUCGGCUGAUUUGGAGCUUCACCAAGAAGAAAACCAGAACCACCAGCAGCUCUCCCUGUCUAAAUCUGCCUGCAGCAGCAACUCAGAGACUAGCAAAGGUUCAGGAUUGUCACUUGCGAGGUCAGACGUUCGGGAGAAAGCAGCUGCCAAAGAGAAAGAGAAAGACCAUACUACCACCGACCCCAGGAUUUCCAACCACCACCAACAGCACAAUAACAUCAACACUAUCGCUCAGAGCUCUACGUUCACUGAGCUUUUAACUGGUGGCAUUGGUGGUAAUAUCGCCAGCAACAAUGGCAACAACAACAACACAACUGCUGCGGCUGCUACCACAAUCGCGAUUAAUCCAUCUGAGGUCAAUUUGUUCCACAACGCAGCGACAAGACCAUGGCCGUUGACUGCUAUGGAUUACUUUGGGCCGGGCCUUCUAGGGCCCAGCCAGCAGCAGCAUUGCUCGUCUGCUACGGUCUUUCCCGGUCAAAUCCAGCUAGGGAACUCGAUCCAGCAGCAGCAGCAGCAGGGAAUGACAAUGUCGAUGUCAAUCCCGCAGUUCAAUCAGCAGCAGCAACAACAUUUCCCAUUUGUUUCCGACCAUUUGAUGCCAGUAACUACACAAGGAGGUGGUCCAGUUGCGGACUAUAACCUCAACUUCACAAUCUCAUCAGGCCUUGCUGGUUUCAAUAGGGGGACCCUUCAGUCCAAUUCAUCACAAUCACCGUCUCUUUUGCCGCCUCAAUUCCAGAGGUUUGCUUCACCCAUAGACGGAUCCACAACUCAUUUACCAUUCUUCAUUGGUGGCGGUGCGCCGCAGCAGCCUCUGAACCACCAGCAGUUAUUCCCUCAUGGGUUGCAGCUCUGCUAUGGCGACGGAAACAGCAGCAGCAGCAGGCAAUCUGACCACAAGGGUAAAGGGAAGAACAACUGA